UGUAUCAUUGCAUGUUUCUGAUUUCUACUUUCUUUGUUUUAGAAUUUCACUUAGCCAUGUCCAUGACACUUCGCGUUAUUGUGCACGACAGUGACAUCCGGAAGGUUGUCUUAGAGGAAACACCAGCUGAUGCUGAUGCUUUAAAACAAGUGCUGCAGAAGAAACUGCAACUUGCAUACCCAUUCAACCUCCAGUAUGAAGACCCUUUUUUUAACAAUGCAUUAUGCAAUAUCAGUGACAUUAAUGACUUACCAGAGAGAGCGACGGUGAAAAUAAUUCCUCUGGACACAUCACCUUCCUCAAGUCAAGCUGACACCAUAAUUCUCUCAGGUUCUGAUACAUCAGAGCAGUUGUCUGCUGAACGACAGAUUGUAUGGCCAGAUGAGUUUGAGAUACCUAAAUUCUCGGUUAAUGUUGAGUAUCGUCUACGACAGGGAAACCUAGCUUUUAUGAAAGAUGGUACAACUGCUGACGUUGGAAGAGACAUAAAACAUGACAUACUGGAGGGGCUUGCUGGGGCCAUUUACACAUUUAGGGCCUAUCCAAGUGAUGAGGAUUUUACCCAAGUUGCUGCAGCUCUCAUCAAAACACACCCAUGUUUGACUGAACAGGGCUCCACAUCAGGCUUUGCUGGCUGGAAAAACAGCCUAAAGUUUAAAAUGGCCAACUACAGAUCAAAAAUGCGUAAAUCUGGCUGUAGUGAUGUUGCAAUUGGGGAAAAGAGAGGUGCCAUGAAGGCAACAAAGCAUAAAGGCAUCAAAAAACCCAGACGAUCUGAGUUGAAUUUCUUGCCAAACUUUCCUAAUGGCGAAGAUGAAGAAAGCCAAGAACGUACAAUAGAACUUGUAGAAGAAAUGAAAAGGAGGCCUCUAAACAUGAGCUUGAUUGGCCAAAAGAUGGACAGUACAUUUGCCUUGAGACGAAAAGAAAUUGUCCACUCUGAACCUCUUGUCAGUGACAUCUUGGAAAAGUGGCCGGCACUUUUUUUGGAAAGUCAGAUCUUUGCAGAAUUCAGUCGAAUUUCGGGAAGAAAUUUGAGAUCGGAGUUCUACACUGCAUUAGACACACACUCAGCUCGCUUGAUAGAAAUUUUCAAAAAAAGAGGAGGAAAUCAGGGAAAAAAACUAGAUGAGAUUUUGCAACAAGUUUAUUCUAAGGUAUUUUUCCUGACAUCAUCUUUGAAUCAUCCCAUUUGA